AUGAGGUUGGACGUCAAGGCAAUUUGCCGACAGCGUGUCAAAGGCAUCGACUUCCAUCCGACAGAGCCAUGGAUCUUGACUACCCUCUAUAGCGGCCAUGUCUACAUUUGGUCGUACGAGACGCAACAGGUCGUCAAGACCUUCGAGCUUACCGAUGUUCCAGUGCGCGCUGGUCGCUUCGUUGCGCGAAAGAACUGGAUUGUCUGUGGUUCCGAUGAUUUCCAAAUUCGGGUAUACAACUACAACACCAGCGAGAAGAUCACAACCUUUGAGGCGCAUCCCGACUACAUCCGUGCGAUCGCCGUCCACCCAACACAGCCCUUUGUUCUCACGGCCAGUGAUGACAUGACAAUCAAGCUCUGGGACUGGGAGAAGGGGUGGAAAAACGUCAGGGUGUUCGAGGGCAACUCGCACUAUGUCAUGUCCCUCGCCAUCAACCCGAAAGACACCAACACCUUCGCCUCGGCCUGCUUGGACAGGACGGUCAAGAUCUGGAGCUUGGGUUCCUCCACACCAAACUUCCAACUUGAAGCCCACGAGACCAAGGGUGUCAACCAUGUCGACUACUACCCUCACAGCGACAAGCCCUACCUUCUUACCACCUCAGAUGACCGCACGGUGAAAGUGUGGGAUUACACCACCAAGAGUUUGAUUGCGACGCUUGAGGGCCACACAAAUAACGUUUCUUUUGCGUGCUACCAUCCCGAGCUUCCAAUCAUCAUUUCUGGUUCCGAAGAUGGCACCGUGAGGAUAUGGAACGCCAACACCUACCGUCAUGAGCAAACCCUCAACUAUGGGCUUGAGAGGGCUUGGUGUGUGGCCUACCAGAAGGGCAAGCAGGGCAUCGCGGUUGGUUUCGAUGAGGGAUCCGUGGUGAUUAAACUUGGCAGGGAAGAACCGGCGGUGUCCAUGGAUGGGUCUGGAAAGAUUAUCUGGGCCAGACACAACGAGGUCGUUUCCGCCGUUAUCAAGGCGGGCGACGCAACCAAGGAUAACGAGCCAAUCACCUUCUCCACCAAGGAGCUAGGCAACGCCGAAAUCUACCCUCAGGCUUUGCUUCACUCACCCAACGGCCGUUUCGCCGCCAUUUGCGGCGACGGCGAGUACAUCAUCUACACUGCCCUGGCGUGGCGCAACAAGGCUUUCGGUUCGGCUCUCGACUUCGUCUGGGCCUCCAAGGAGAACUCGAACGACUUUGCGAUCCGCGAAUCGCCAACCAGCAUCAAGGUGUUCAAGAACUUCCAGGAGAAGAAGGGCGGUCUCGACGUGCCGUUUGCUGCCGACGGGCUCACUGGUGGCGUGUUGCUCGGUGUCAAGGGCCAGGGUGGUAUUUCGUUCUUUGACUGGCAAACGGGUGGUCUUGUCCGACGCAUCGAGGUUGAGCCUAAGCAGGUCUACUGGAGCGAAAGUGGUGAGCUCGUUGCUCUGGCUUGCGAGGACUCUUGCUAUGUUCUCAGAUUUUCCCGUGAGAACUACAACGAAGCUGUGCAGUCCGGCAAGGUCGAGGAGGAUGGCGUCGAGGAGGCCUUCGAUGUCAUUACCGACAUUAGCGAAAGCAUCCGAUCGGCCGAAUGGCUGGGUGAUGUCCUCAUCUACACGAAUGGCACCAAUAGGCUGAACUACCUUGUGGGUGACCAGACCUACACCGUGUCUCACUUCGACAAGCCCAUGUAUAUUCUUGGGUACCUCCAGCGUGAUAGCCGCGUUUACUUGACCGACAAGGACCUCUCCGUCACAUCCUUCGCCCUCUCCCUCCCAGUCCUUGAGUAUCAAACCUUGGUGCUCCGUCAGGACAUGGAGACGGCGGCCGAACUCCUCCCCAGCAUCCCCCAAGACCAACUCAACAAAAUCGCCCGCUUCCUCGAAGGACAGGGUCACAAGGAAUUGGCGCUUGAAGUGGCUACGGAUCCUGAGCACAAGUUUGACCUCGCUCUUGCCCUGAAUCAACUGGAUGUUGCGGUUGAACUGGCCAGACAGUCUGACUCGGACCACAAGUGGAAGACUUUGGGCGACGCCGGUCUCGCCGCCUGGGAUAUCCCUCUUGCCACCGAGUGUUUCGUCAACUCCAAGGAUCUCGGCUCCUUGUUGCUGGUCUACAGCUCCACGUCGGACCGUGAAGGUCUCGCCAAGCUGGCGGAGCAGGCGACGGCUGCGGGUGCUCACAACAUUGCUUUCAGCAGCAAGUGGCUCCUGGGUGAUGUGCCCGGGUGUGUCGAGAUCCUCACCAAGACAAACCGUCACGCCGAGGCAGUGCUCUUCGCGCAGACAUACAAGCCAAGUCUUGCCCCUGCCAUUGUAGCUGAGUGGAAGGACAGUCUGGAGAAGAACAAGAAGGGGCGCGUGGCCAAGUCUCUCGGUGUCCCAGUGGAGGAUGAGGAGCUCUUCCCAGAAUGGGACGAGUGGCUCAGACUGGAGAAGGAGGGUCCUGUUAUUGCCGAGGAAGAGGCUGCAGAGGAGGAAGCGGAGGAGGAAGACGACGAGGAAGAGAGUGCGGAUGAAGAGUAG